AUGUCACUUGAUCUCCUGGCGGCAGCAGUUGCCGGCGCUGCCCCGACGGCCUUGCCCGGCUGCCCGGAGGCCUGUGGACACGUCACCGUCCCCUACCCGUUCGGCUUCCGUCAAGGGUGCUUCCACCCAGGCUUCAACCUCACCUGCGACGAGACGCACCAUCCGCCCAAGCUGUUCCUAGUCGGCCGGGUUGAAGUGGAAGAGAUCUCCCUGGCGGGUGGCACGGUGCGUGUCCAGAGCAGGGUGGUGACCGAUCGGAACCUAGCCUCCGGAGCAGCUGACAGAAGCAGCGCCCUGAAGCCAUCUAUCAACUCAAGCGGCUUGUGGUCCGAUGGCCUAACGACGGGCACCGGCACGCGGUUCACCGUGUCCACCCAGCACAACGUCUUCGUGUUCAUCGGCUGCAACUUCAUCGCAUAUCUCGUUGCCAAUAACGAGUACGUCAGCGCAUGCGCGGCGCUCUGUGACGGAAGGAUUCGAGCAGCCGGGGACACCUCUUGCUCGGGUGUCGGCUGCUGUCGGACGUCCAUCGCCCAAGGUUUGCCAGCUUACGGGCUGCAGUUCCAGGAUCUGGAGAGUGACUACAGUUCGUCGUGGAGCGCCUUCAUAGUCGACGCCGAGUGGUUCAACGGUAUUAACGUAGGCUCUAUGCAGAAUAACACAUUCGAUCAUUUUUAUGCAUAUGACCAUGAAUCUCAACGGAGCCAGCGUCACAAGGUAAUUACGAGCGUGCCAACCGUGCUGGCAUGGUGUCUGGAUGUAGAACGCGACCAUGACUUGAUCGUGUUUGACCCCGAUUAUGGUUGGAGAUGCACAAGCUUGAACAGCUUCGCCGUGGGAGCAGUAAGCUGCAACUGCUCGGAAGGAUACGAAGGCAAUCCAUACUUCGCUCACGGAUGCCAAGAUAUAGAUGAGUGCCUACAGCCAGAUGUUUAUCCAUGCCUGCACGGAACCUGCAUCAAUAUGCCAGGGACAUAUCGAUGCUCAGUCAGCUCAGCAAAGAAAAAUAUCAUCAGCCUCCCAGGAUUAAUCACCGUAAUUACAAUCAGUGCUGGUCUUGGCCUAUUGUUUUCGCUUCUUGGGGUUUCCAAAAUCACCAAUAGACUCAAACAAAUAAGAGCUGAGAAGUUGAGACAAAAGUUCUUCAAGAAAAACCAUGGACUGCUCCUGCAACAGUUAAUCUCUUCAAACAAAGAUACAGCCGAAAGAACGAGAAUUUUCAGCUUGGAAGAGCUAGAUCAAGCAACCAACAAAUUUGACCAUAAUCGCAUAGUUGGUGGGGGUGGCCACGGCACGGUGUAUAAAGGAAUUUUAUCUGAUCAACAUGUUGUGGCCAUCAAGAAGGCUAAAAUUCUCGUUCAAAGGGAAAUUGACCAGUUCAUAAAUGAGGUUGUCAUACUUUCACAGACAAACCAUAGAAACGUGGUGAAACUAUUUGGCUGCUGCCUCGAGACAGAAGUUCCUCUACUAGUUUAUGAGUUUAUAUCAAAUGGUACUCUCUCAUUUUAUCUCCAUGGCCAAAGCAAGAGCCCAUUUUCAUGGAAAGAUAGGUUAAGAAUUGCUUUGGAAACUGCAAGGGCUAUUGCAUAUCUUCAUUCUGCUGCUUCCAUAUCAGUAUACCAUAGAGAUAUCAAAUGUGCAAACAUCCUGCUUACUGAUACCUUAGCAGCAAAAGUAUCAGAUUUUGGAGCUUCAAGGUCAAUUGCAAUAGAUGAGACUGGAAUACUUACAGCUGUCCAAGGAACCUAUGGUUACCUUGAUCCAGAAUACUACUACACUAGUCGGCUCACCGAGAAGAGCGAUGUUUACAGCUUUGGGGUCAUCCUGGCAGAGCUACUGACAAGGAUGACACCAGUUUUUUCUUCUCAUUCCUCAGAAUGCACGAGCCUAGCAUCACAUUUUGUGUCACUUAUGAGAGAAAAUCGCUUUUUAGAUAUUUUAGAUAUACAGAUUGUUGAGGAGGGAGGGACUGAAGAUGCUGAGGUGGUUGCAAGACUUGCAGAAUCAUGCUUAAGUUUAAAAGGCGAAGAAAGGCCUACAAUGAGGCAAGUGGAGACAACACUUGAAGAUGUGCAUAACUCAAAGAUCUAUCUCAUUUCUCAGAUUGCAAGAGUGAACCAUAUUGCUAUAAAUGAUCAGUCAUACAAGGGAAGCAGAGGUGGCGAAGGAACUAGACUAUACAGCUUGGAGAAAGAGUUCAUCCAGUCAUCUGAAGUUCCUAGAUGAU